AAAAAAAAAAAAGGCCAGGCCGCGCUGCGCAACUGGACAUGACAGCACAUGAGUUAACUGCAUAAGCAUCGAGUCAAUAAUGGGCUGCACAGCAGAGAAACCAGAUUGAACGAAUCAGGUUUGGGCCAAAGGCGAAGAUUGGCGGUUGUUAAACAGAAAUUGUCCAGUGACAGGUGCUAGUCCAACGCCCUCGUGGUUCGGACCAGGAUCAUCCAAAGCGCACUGCAGAACGAAUCGUCCUUGGUCAGCUGAAAAAGAACGUUCAGCGCGGCGCCACAAUUUCCCAAACAAUUAAAUAGAAACAGCCCUAUAUGGAUAACAGGCUUUCUAGUCUUGUCCCUCCCCCUCUUAUAGGGAGAAUGAUCCUCCCUUCCCCUGUGUGUAUCCCACCGUCUUCCGUCACUGCAGUCGAGGCCGUUGCAUAUUCCUCCACUACAGAGUCGAAACAGACUACAGUGGCCGAGCCUGCUUUGAGGCCCUUCAAGUCUGACGCGAGGAUUGGGUUCUCUGAGCAAGCUAAUGGCUGAGCAAGCCCAGCGGCAGCACUAGCUGAAAACCGGGACGUCGCAUGGCAGAUCCGCCUGAUAGGCACUACAUUAGACAAAUCUCAUUGCACCACCAGCGCGAGGCUAAAGCGUGUCUGCAAGAAAUAUAGGUCCAGACGGUCAACGGCCCCCCGUUUCGUUUCGCCGUGCUCACAUCUCUCGCUUGCUUUCUGCUUGCGAUUCUCCCUACCGUGGCUCUUCAUCAAAUCUCGGACUACAGCAUAUAACAUGGCACAAAGUUAAGUCCUGCCCGUGGCUGAAAGCAAGUGAACGAAUACGUUGUCAACCAUGGAGAGCACAACGUUGAUCACAUUCAUGCUACAACACCCUACCGCGAGGAAAGUGGAACUGUUUGGAUCAUGGGACAACUUCUCGGAGCCUUACAGCAUGGAGCUGGAUCGCCAGAGAGGACGGGACUUCUGGACCGGUUGCCACAGUUUCCGCAACAUCAUAUGCGACGGUGACGAGGACGGAAUUCAUGAGAAACGCUCUGGCGGCCUCAAGAUGGGCGGAACUUAUUGGUACUUCUACCGCAUCGACGACGACGAAGAGUUUCACGAUCCCACACAGGAGACGACCACAUCCUGUCCGCUUAUGCCUGGACAAGAAAUGAACGUGCUUGAGGUACCGCUCGACAUCGGACGCUUCGGAAGCCACAGCCGCUCGUCGUCAAUGGUGUCGUUGCUCAACAUCGUUAAGACCUUGAAUCCCCAGGAUCGCUAUGUCAAUCCGCAGCCAGUGGUCAAGCCACAACCAUCGACAUCGGUGGUGUCUGCCAAAGCCGCUCCGCCCGCGCGACAUUUACCUGCUGCAUCAGGCGCAGAUGCAGGACGAGCUGACAGCCCCAGAAGACGCUGGUCAGCAAGCGAGGCGAAUCCAGAAUCUCGGCGACAUCAAGCCCGAAGAUGUUUGCAAGGCUUUGCUAGGUCCGCGCCUACUUCGCCCGUUGAGCCCGCGUUCGCUCUUCUCAAAAAUCCCCCCGCGGUGCGGUGUGAAGAGCGCGAGGAGACGCUCGCUCGCAGACAAGGUGACUUUUGUUGUAGCGGAGCUGUUCGAAGCCAGCAGCUAGUCUUGGACACGGCCAAGCAUUUGGAGCUGAUUGAGGAUGAAAUCUCCUGGUUUACCGAUACCACAUCGGCCGUCGCGCAGUCGCCAUUCAAAACGAGCCCAGGUCUACAGUGGCCUCUUGUCGACUUGUCGUCCUCGUCAAAUUCGCUCUUAGCCCAGAAGCUGCCGGACCGGCAGAUGACUGCCGACCUGAUUGACAGCUUCCCAGCAGUGCCAAACUAUGGUCCUACUGCAUCUUACAUCGACUUCAGCAGACCGGAUCGAUCCUCGCACAGUCAAAAACAACAAAAACGCUCGACGACUCUCUCAUCCCAGCAAUCGACUUCAAGGGAAUGGAAAGGCGAGCCAUCCCUAUUUCGAAACUUGGUAGUGAGUCAAGAUGAAACAUGGACAGAUGACGGAGUUACAUCCUCAACAAGUAUGUCUGAAUGGUGCACCGACGGCACCUCACGUCGACAGCAGCAUGACUCUUCUUUUUCAUGUUGUCUUAACAGCGCAAAGUCAGCGCAGCUAGACGUGCUAGCCGGCAUAACCAUGAACAAUUUGGUGCCAUCCUCAGUGGCGCGGACGUUGGCAUCAAAUCACAAUUCCAUAAUCGAUGGAGCGGCAACGCCAUCUUUCUACCUUCUUCCCGAACCGCAGCCGUAUCGCAGCGAAGCUGACGAAAUGCACCUUGGCCUUCAGGCGCUAGCUGAUCAGUAUAUGCACGAUCGACGCUACUCGCCUUGGCGCUCCGAAGUCGACAUUCCUCACGCCGAAUCAGCUGAGGCCUCUCAAGGUGCGCAAUCCGACGUAGGAUCGCCCAUCUUCAGCUCCAUACACGGCGACGCAAGCGACACUUGCACCUCGCAUCGCGUGUCCGAGCUACGCGACUGGCCCUUGAAGGAGAAUGGGCUUGGUCAAUUCCACUUUGAGUUCGAGCAGCCUCAGCAGCCACUCGACCUCGAGCAGAGCUUUGAGCACCUCUCCAUACACACAGCAAACACGGAAAGCACUAACAGCACGGCACUGCCGUACCAACUACCCAACACAAACCCGUUCGCGCGGAGCAAGACUUCGCUGGAACCGCCGACGUCGCGAGAGCUCACGCAGGUUGAGCAGUUUCUCGAUGAAUUCGAGUAUCUCGGCGCUGCUUUACUUUGACAAAUUUCUUGUGCACUUUAUUUUCUUACUUGAUGUAUCUGUAUUCAUUGUGUUUUACUUAUGAUGGCAUGUCCGCGGGGGAAUCGGCGCCAUUGCUGGAUGCGCGCCUGCAUUUUUGAUAUGAGGUUAUGACUGAGCGCAUGGGAUGGUCUCGUGUAUGUGCGCAACAAGGACGGCGUAUGGGUUGGAAGGUGAGGACAGUUGCCUCUCGGCGCUUUCGCCAGUGAAACGGAGCAUAAAGCAAAGGACAACAUCACCCAAUGCAUAAAGGAUGCGUGGUGGUUGCAUAGGUGGCCAUUGGAAGAGAGGACAGACAGAUUAUCAAUGAUCAAAGAUACGUUUCUG